AUAACAUUACAAAACUCUUGCUCAACACUGAAAAAACAAUAUUCGCUUGUUUUUCUUCGCGUUUGUUAUUAAUAUUACUUUAAUUGCAGCAGUCGCAACUUUAUUGUUAUUCCCAAAAAAGUGCCGCAAUGGAAACAAUGAAGCGCACACUCAAAGAACUGGCUAAAGCAGAGUCGGAACAUGGUCGAGAUACCAAGCGCUCUAGCGCCAAAAAGCAGAAGAAGCAUAAGCGAAAAUCCAAAUCUAAACGUGGCUACGACGACAGCGACUCGUCGAGCAGCAGUGGUAAUGAAAAGAAGCGCAAGAAGCAGCGCAAAAAGUCCAAGAAGAGAAGGAAACAAAGCAGCAGCAGCAGCAGCUACGAUACCGACAGCGACACAAGCGAUUCUUCGGAUUGGGUAGAGGCGCCAGCUCCCAAGGACUCCAGCGACGAUAGCAGCGAUGAUAAGAGCAGUAAAAGGCACCACAAAAAGUCGAAAAAGCGAAAGACUAACAAACGUCGCAAGCAGAGCGAAAGUAGCACCGACGAGGAGCAAGAGAAAGAGAAGAAACCAGAGCUGGAUCAGAAAACCACACUGCAACGCGACAACUGGAUGACGAACAACGAUGCGCCGUUUUCGUUGAGAACAUUCGAGAAGCAGCGCAAGGAGCCGCGUAAACCAAAUGCAGAGCAUCAACAGAACACUUACGAUCCCGCGACGAGUCGCUACGAACUGAACCCCUAUUGGCAGCGCAAUGGCACCGGUCUGCCCGGUUUCCAGAAGCCCGCAAAUGAUGACGAUCAACGCACGGAGCGACAGCGUGAGGAGCAGCGUCGCAAUCCCGCCCCCAAAUGGCAAAAAGCCGGAACAGCAACAGCAGCAGUUGAUGUACAUAGAAAAGAGCAGGUUGAGCAGCAGGAAGAACAACAGCAGGAUGAGCAGCAGGAGCAGCAAGAGGAGUUGCUGACAGAUGAGCAGCUAAAUGCGCUUGCGGCGCGCGCUUUGAAGGCAGAGCUGAAACAGAAAGUCGAGCUGGCAGCUCAACUGAAUCAGCAAUUGGCAAAGGCGCGGAAGUUGCGCGAAGAAGACGCAGCCAAGCCGAAGAGCAAGUCAAAGAACAGGGCAGAGGAGAAGCACGUGCUGCUCACACGCAGCGAUGCCAGCGGUAAUGUGCGUCCCUUGUUGCAAUCGAGCGCCUCUACUUCUACUUCAGCUUCCAAUUCUGGUGGCAAUCGGAAACAGAACAAAAAGCGGAUGGAGACGCAUGUGGAUGGCGAACGUGUGCGCUACUUCGCUGACGAUGAUCGCUACGAUAUCAAGCAAAUGUUUGAACGUGAAAAGUAUGCAACGGCUGCCGACUCCAAUUUGGAGUACGCUGAAAUGCUGGCCAAGCACAAAAAUCCCAACGAUGAUCUAGAGGACAUAUUCAACGACAACGCUCGCAAGUCGCAGCCACAGGGGAAAUCCGAGCAACGCGAGCUGCAUCGCGCAGUGCAUGAGCAUGAGAAGCUGGCGGCUACCAUGAGCAACUGUCAGCACUGUUUGGGAUCCCGUAAUAUCGACAAGACGCUGAACAUUGCGUUGGGAGAUAAACUGUAUUUGAAGUUUCCCCGCUACGAGGGACUGCAGGAGGGUCAUGCCUUGAUCACACCAUAUCAGCACGUCGUCUGUGCCAUGCAGUUGGACGAGGAUGCAUGGCAGGAAGUACAAACCAUGCUUAAGACAAUGGCACGCCUCUUUGCCGCCCAAGGAAAGGAUGUCGUCUUUUUCGAGGUGGCCAACAAGCUGCAUAAGCAGCAGCACAUGACCAUCCAUUGUGUGCCUGUUGCGCAGGCGCAGGGAGAACUAGUGCCCUUCUACUUCAAGAAGGCGAUACAGGAAUCCGAGGAGGAAUGGUCCACGAAUCGGCAGUUGAUACCAGUUAAGAAUCAACUGCUGCACAAAGCCAUUCCCAAGGGAUUGCCCUAUGUCUGGGUCAACUUUGGCAUUGGCUCGGGAUUCGCUCACAUUAUCGAGGAUCCGUCUCGCUUUCCACCCACUUUUGCUCUGGAAGUCAUUGGUGGCAUGCUCAAUUUGAAUCCAAAUACCUGGCGAAGACCGCGUAAGGCGGUUUACUCUGAUCGCAAGGUCAAGGAGUACGCUGAUCUCUGGUCCAAACACGAUGCCAGUAAAGAAGAUCUGUGAUAACAAGUACAAAUGUGGAGCAACCUGUAGAAUAAGUCUAAAUUCUUGCAAACUUGAGGAUGUAUCUUAAAUGCGUCUACCCGAAAGCGCAAUCCAAUAAAAGG